UUGAGAAAUAUUUGCAGUUGGAAAAAUUUCGUUUGAAUUCGCUCGUUUUUAUCAUCCGAACAAAAUUGACAAUAUUGUGUAUGAUACAAACGGGAGAACGUGAGAUGUCACUGGUACUCGUCUCCUGGGAAAAGGAAGUCGUGGCUCGUGCGCGUGUCGCGACACAAGACGAGAGAGAGAGAGAGAAAGAGAGAGAUAUGAGGGACUUGGAAAAAGAGCUGAAGGUUGACGUUUCGCUUAGAAAAUUUUUGCUCGAGUGAUGAGUAGUUAGUUGUGAAUGUGUACCCAAAGGAUAAGAAGGAAGGAAGUGUGCAUGCAGAAAAAGCCCCUCUUUCUUGUAGCGAAGAAAUCUCGUUUCGAGAAAUUAAUGACGAUACUUCGUUUUUAGAUCAUGUAGCAACUGAUAGUGUGUCAUUACCAAGUAAACGCGCGCCAAUGAGCGCGAAUCAUUGCGAAUUAUGAAAAAUAUUGAUGGGGCGAGGUCCAUGCAAUUUUUUUUAACUAAUAAUAAUAAUAAUUGAAAUUAUUUCCUCGGCCUUGAAAAAAAAAAAUCAUUCCCGCGGGGAUCGAAAUCAUCGCAGUGGUUAGGGUCUUUUGUUCAUGGAGAGGCAAGACUGGCAAAAGAAUUUGCAGCGAAUUGAGAAGAAUUUAACACGGGAUCCUGAAGGAUGUCCGUUGUACGACGCACCGAAUGAGAAUGAAAAUAUCUCCAGUGGGCAUAAUAAGAGGGAGAACGUCCUUUCAGGUGGUGAUGCUCAUCAAGAGGAGGUGGACAAAUACGACUGUGAAGGAGCGGCUUUUACAAGCGGCGGGGAAACUAGAGUGGGAGUCAGUGCGGAUGCACUCAACGAGAUCGCGGCCAAAGUUCAGAGAUAUGUUGACUGCAUGGUUUUGGGUAGCGGAAGUGGUGCCGAUGCUGAGGACUCAUCUUAUGAUAGUGAUUAUGAGGCCGAAGACUCAUUGGGCUCGUCAUCGAUUCAUCCCCAAUUGGAAUCACAAGUUUCGUCCUCCACACAUUCUGAUGUGUCGCGAACAACAUCCGAUACUUUGGCGGCCGAAUUCGCUGAAUAUGUCACAGUACAGGGUCCUUCUCCCACCCAAACUCCAGGCUACACAGCAAGAGUGGAAUUUGCCUUAAAAUUGGGCUACACUGAACGAUUGGUUCAGGCAGCAUUACAUAAAUUGGGUCCCGAUCCAGGACAAAAUGAAUUAUUGGCUGAGUUGAUAAAGCUUGGUGCUACUUGUUCAUCAAAACUUGCUGACAGUCCAGACGAGGCUGAUGGUUUACUGGAGUCGACGGAUUUAUCAGUCGAUGAUUGCGGACAUUCGACAAUGACGAUGACAACAACAACAACAAUAACAAAUACAUCUGCUAAUUUUCGACCUGUUGUCAUUGAUGGCAGUAAUGUUGCAAUGAGCCAUGGUAAUAAAGAAAUAUUCUCAUGUAGGGGCAUUAAAAUUUGUGUCGAUUGGUUUCGUGCCAGGGGACAUCGUGAAAUUACUGUUUUUGUACCAAAAUGGCGAAAGGAAGCGUCACGACCCGAUAAUCCAAUCACUGAACAGGAAAUCCUUGGCGAAUUAGAGAGGGAUCGUCUCCUUGUUUUUACUCCGUCCAGAUUGGUGGGUGGCAAGCGAAUGGUUUGCUAUGAUGACCGCUAUAUAUUAAGAUUGGCAGCGGAAUUAGAUGGGAUUGUUGUCAGUAAUGACAACUAUAGAGAUUUAGCGCAAGAGAGUCCGGAAUUUCGUAAAGUCAUUGAGGAACGUAUACUCAUGUAUAGCUUUGUUAAUGAUCGUUUUAUGCCACCUGACGAUCCACUUGGAAGAAGUGGACCGACACUGGACAAUUUCCUUAGGGUGGGAGCUAGAAGAACGGAUCCUGCACCACCUUGUCCGUAUGCCAAAAAAUGCACUUACGGAAAUAAGUGUAAAUUUCGUCAUCCCGAGCGUGGACCACAUCCACAUAAAUCGGUAACCGAAAGACUUGUGGAGCAUGCACAACGACAUUUACAGGCACGUGGACCAAGUCUUAGUUUACCAUUACCAGCUGUGACAACAACAUCGUCGAGUGUCACUAUACCACAGCAUCAACCAUUGUGUAAAACGAGAUCAUCAAUUGUUCAGUCUUCCUCUUCGUCCGUCCCAAAAAGCCGCUCAGUGGAGAAUGUCACCAGCGAUUUGGUCUAUCCAAAAGUUACUCCUGGACAGACUGUUCAAGGAUAUCCAUCAGCCGUUGGCUGGACACAGAGAGUAACAAACUCUGAGCCAGAACCAGCAAAUAUGCACCGAAAGUUGCAAAGGCAGCUGACUUUGAAUCCAGUCUGUGAUCCGAGACUCUAUCAACUACGUAGGUAUCAUCAGCAAAAGAGUAUGACUACUUCAGCUUCUACGCAACAAUCAGCAGUAAUUAAUUCUCCACAUCCUGCGCUUCAUCGACCACUAACUAGGCACACGAGCAACGAUUCUGCAUAUCCAGUACCAAUCAAUUGGGACCAUCCGGAGCAACAGCAUCAUCAGCAGCAUCAUCUCCAUCAUCAUCCUCAUCAGCACGUGACACGAAUUGCCUCAGCACCCGAUUCAUAUCGUGCUUGGCCACCAUGUGGUAAUUUAGCAGCACCAUUAACGCAAGUGCCACGUUUAGGUGCUUCUGAUCCACAAUUAAAUCUCCUUCCUUCUGCCUCACCAUGGGAUGUAGCAACAAAAACAACACAAACCCACGAUGCACGUCGUCGUUUACAUUACCAUUUAGCAAGCAUUUUUCCCGAGGAACAAGUGCAAGCCGCCAUGGCAUUACAUCCACAUGAAACUGAUGCACAACAAAUAUGCGCCGCCAUACUCGCCAUGUUUCCAAAAUCAUAGAUUUUUAUUAGAGAAAAAAACUCCCUCACCUCCCGUGUGGCAAAUAAUAAUUACACUCGCGCUUCAAACUAUACUAGACGAAUCCAAAGACGUCUGCUAUAUAUAUGUGCGUUGAAAGGGAUUUUUCGGUAUAUCCCAUAUCGCAUACUUUUUCUCUUUCUCACUCUUCCAAUUACAAAUUAAGUGAUGUAACAUUGCGAAUUCCAAAAGCGAUUAUUUUUCCCUUUAUAUCGGUAUUUUAGAUUUAUCGAUAAAUCGCAGUAAUAUUGAUGUAUCGAACGUAUUGAUACUAUAAUUUUUCGAUAUUAUAUCGAAUUAGUGUCGAUAUACUUAUCGAUCUAUUAAGGCCAGGUCCAAGUGAAGCAGCGCCAUCUACAUUGAAACUAAAAUUUUGGAAAAUUUUCAACAGCCUUUUCUUGUAAACAAGAAGGUAAAAUGCUGUUUCCAUUAUGGAUAAUUGAUUAUUGGCAAGAUAUACACCAGCUAAAACUUUUUUUGAGUUAAAAUAAUAAAAAAAAAUUUCAUGUCAAUAAAUUAAAUAUGAGGACUUUUUUCACAAAAACUAUAACAGUACUUUCUCAGAAAUUACAAUCAAAAAUGCAAUUGCCAUUUGGAAAAUUAAUAAACGCUAAAAAAUACACGACCUAAGAUUUACCAAUCACGAAAAUAACAAAAAAAAAAAUUUUAUUAAAUAUUUAACAUAUUGAUACUGCUUUACUAAUUGUGACAGCCCUUUGGUAGAUUAUGUAUUUCAGGUGGUUAGCAACAUCGCCAAUUUCCUCCUUUCGGCAAAACUGCGAAACGUCUGGUGACAUAUAUAACCUGCCAAAUGGCUGUCAUAAUGAGUAAAAUAUGUUAUGUUAAAAUA